AUGUCCGUCUUCUUCAAGGAGAUAUCGCCAAACAACCCGGUCAAAAAUGGAGACGUAGAGUCUCUCUUAUCACCUCUCCAUCUCACAGUUCCACCAUCAGAGUCCCAGGACUACACAACCCUCCUGGCUGCUGUCCACGACUGCGCAGAGCGUAUAGAAAGUCUGCCAGACUACCAGCCUGUCCCAGACACAGCCCGGUUCCCCCGCGAGAACAUCCAUCUCCCCACACCUUCAGAGCAAAAGUAUGGCGCGGCAUGGGCACACAAGUUCACCAUCCCCGGUGACGAGACCUCCACCUCAGCUCUCAAAGGCAAGACCGUAUGCAUAAAAGACUGUAUCGCCGUGGCAGGCGUUCCGCAAUUCUACGGUAGCAACGCCUUUCCAGCAUGGACGCCAAGUACCGACGCCACUGUCGUGACGAGGGUCCUUGAGAAUGGCGCCAGCGUCGUGGGCACGGCGACGUGCGAGAACUUUUGCAACUCAACGUCGAGUUUCACAUCCGCCCAGGGCACGGUGCACAAUCCCCAUCGGGAAGGCUACUCUGCCGGUGGAAGUACCUCGGGCGGCGCGGCGCUGGUGACGGGUGGCCUCGUUGAUCUCGCCAUUGGCACGGAUCAGGGCGGGAGUAUCCGCGUCCCAGCAUCACUGUGUGGAUGUGUGGGCUUCAAGCCGACGCAUGGCCUCGUGCCGUACACGGGCAUCACCAGUGGUGAUCAGGUGGAUGACCACGCUGGUCCGCUGGGGCGAACCGUAUCGGAUGUCGCGGCGUGUCUCGACGCAAUAGCUGGAUACGACGGUAUCGACGACCGAUCAAUCGCGGCUAGACCACCCGGGUCUUACUCCUUCGCCAAGAGUCUUGCCAGGGGCAGCCGUCGUCUGGACGGUAUCAAGAUUGGUGUCUUGAAAGAAGGCUACCAGAGCGAGCUCGUCCAGCCGGGCGUGCGGACCGCCUUCUUCUCCGCCAUCCAGCGUCUCCAAGCACUCGGUGCCACGAUCGAGGAGAUCUCCAUCCCUCUGCACAAGGAGGGCCCCUCAAUAUGGACCAUCCAGCAACGCAUCUCCGGCGCAGCUGGCAUCCUAGGCCACGCCCAUGGACGCAGGGGUCUCUACCUCACCGACUUUGAACACACGCGUCUGCCCUGGACAGCCGCCAACUUUGCCAAGCUCUUCCCGUCGACCAAGAACACCGUCAUCAACGGCCUCUACCUUUCACAGCAGUUCCCCGGCCUCUACGCCAAGACGAUGAACAUUGGGCGGCAGAUUAGCGACGCGUACCAGCGGCAGUUUGCCCAGUACGACGCUAUCGUCAUGCCGACGACGCCCUUUGUCGCGCCCCGGCACGGGACCCGGGACAAUGUCCUCAAGAGCUUCGAGCCGAGCAUGGGCAUGACGACCAACACGGCCGUCUUCAACGUCACGGGCCACCCGGCGCUGUCCAUGCCCGUCGGCUGGGCGAGGAAUGUUGAGGGGGAGGUCGAGCUGCCCGUGGGCCUGCAGAUUGUCGGUGGGCUGUGGCAGGAGGACAAGGUGCUCGGUGUGGCGGCGGCGUUGGAGGCGAGCUUUGACUGGAGGGCUACCCAGGAGAAGAAAGACGACCGUGUCCGCGACCUCCUCGGGCGUGCCCAUCCUCCCCAUGGGCGCAAUCUCAAUCGCGCUCCUCAGCCUGUCCUCCACCUCCCUGCUCCCCGUGGUCAUGGGCGUCGCAAUGACCCCCGGACACACGCAGUUCACCCUAAUCUGAUCUUUCGAAUAAUCAGUGGCGUCCGCGCGCGCAACGUCCGCAUGUGCCCCCAUUGCGGACGCACGUUUAAGCGGACGGAGCAUCUGGAGCGCCAUGUGCGAACGCACACCAAGGAGAAGCCCUUUCUGUGUCACUGUGGGGCUGCCUUUGCGAGACGUGACCUCCUGACGAGGCACUUUCGCGUCGCGGACCAUGGUGAGCAGCCCACGCCCUCGGACAAGUCGUCCGGCGGAGGGACGCAGGAGCCCAAUGUCGUCCACAUCAACGUGAGACCUGGAGUAGAUCGGCAUGACGCGGGCGAGGCUGAUAUCGCGGCUGCCGUGUCCCUGUCUGGGUUGAGUGGUGAUCCGUGGCAUGCGCAGCAGGGGCCACCUCCGCCUCCGACUCAACACGAGAUCAACCCUGAUCUACCACAUCAAGGCCUCCAGGAGCAAGGCAUACCUCCUCCGCCACGCAAUGGGUUCAUGGACACGGGCCAGUUUGUGCCGGGCGUCCUGUCACCUCAGCUCUUUGACGGGAGCGUCGACUUUGACCCGCACUUUCGCGAGUUUGCCAACUUUCUGGACGGCGUCGGCCUGCCCACCGAAUGGAGUCCCUACUUCAACAACCCGGAGAGCACCAUUGACCCAGGUCUGAAGGAAGACGGCGGCGAGGCGGUCUCGCCCAAGUCGGGGCCUCGGACUCGCGCUGGGACGCCCUUUAGCUCAUGGCUCCCGUCUGCGCCGACGGGCAACAGGAUAGCCAACUACGUCUCCAUCACUGACAACCCACGAGCCAUUGACCCAGAGACACGCCCCUUUAAGAUCACCGAGGACCAGCGCAGCAAGCUGCUUGCCUCCCUCGAACCACUCGCGCCUCUCCUCCCACCUGGCUUCCGCCUCCCCUCGCGGCACGCCCUAACGCGCUACAUCACCUCCUUCUUCGAGGGGUUCCACUCCCACAUGCCCUUCAUCCACCCGCCGACAUGGCACAUUCUCGAGCACCCGCUCGAAAUCAUCUUGGGCGUCGCCGCCAUUGGCGCGCAGUACUGCUUCGAGCAUCGCGUCUCUGCGCGUCUCUUCUACUCGGGCAAGGCCAUCCUUAUGGAGCGUCUGGGUCGGGGUGCCGAUGGUCUCGGACCCCGGACGCGCUCCUUCAUGACGCUCAACUCCCCGGGCACCAUGGGUCUCAACGGCAUCGACGGCGGCAUCAACGCUGUCGAGACGGUCCGUGCGCUCAUCACACUCAUGGGCUUUGCGACAUGGGAGCCCACCUCGACCAUGGUGCAGGAGUCGUUCAGUCUGCAGGGUCUGCUCACGCACGUCCUGCGCGACAUUGGCCUCGACGAGACGGAAGCCUCAUCGCCCGAGGCGAGUGUCCCCGAGGGCGAGGGGCUCGAGCACGAGUGGCGCGUCUGGGUCGACGCUGAAUCCCAUCGGCGCACCAAGCUCAUUGCCUUUUCGUUCCUGCACACCCACAGCAUCGCGUACAACGUGUACCCCGUCCUGCGCAGCAACGAGGUGAAUUUAAGGCUUCCCUGCGCAACCAAGGAGUGGAAGGCGCCCACGCCCCAGCUCUGGCACGCCGCGAGGCGCGAGGUUGGUCGCCAGCAGCUCUACUUCCAGGAGGCGCUGAGCGUUCUGCUGAGGAACAAGGAGUGCGCGGCCGCCCUGGAUCCCAUCCCCACGCCGCUGGGGAAUUAUGUCCUGCUUCACGGGCUGCUGCAGCGGAUCCAUAUCGUGCGGGAUCUGAGUCUGCCGGUGAUGAGUAGUUCUGCUGCGCUGCCGGCGGAGGAGGUAGAGAAGCUGGAGCGUGGGCUUCGUUCGUGGACGUCUGGGUGGCAGCAGGCCCCUGAGUCCACUUUAGAUCCUAACAACGAGAAUGGGCCGAUCCCAUUCACGUCGUCCUCGCUGCUCGCGCUCGCAUACGUGCGGAUCUACCUCCACCUGGGUCCCUACCGACAUCUCGAGACACGGGAUCCGCACCGUAUCGCAUCGGCCAUCUUCCAGAGUCCAGACAUUGAGCGCAGCGACGGCGUGAUUGCCGCGCUGCUGUACACGGCGCACAUGAUUAGCAUACCGGUGCGUCUGGGCGUCGAUCGCGUCGCGCGGAGUCAGGCGUUCUUCUGGAGUGUGCGGCAUAGUCUGGCGAGUCUGGACUGUGGUGUGUUGCUGAGCAAGUGGCUGUCUCGGCUGGGCGACACUGUGGCAUCGUCGCCUCUGCAAUCACAUAUACUGACCCCCCCAGACAGCGAGGAUCGCAUCCUGCAUUGGGUCCGCUGCAUCGUCGAGGAGGCCUACCAGGGCGUCGACUUUCACGAGGAGCACGACAUUCCCCAGUUUCUGGAUUUCCGCGAUCCGUCCAACCUCAGCCUGGCGGUGAUCAAGAUCUGGGCGCACUUUUUCAAGAGUAACACGCAGUGGCCGUUUAUCAACAUUAUCGGCCAGAGUCUGGAGCGGUACCGCGAUAUGCUGGUGCAGAAGCGGCUGCGGGAGAUGGCGAGGGUGCAGUGA